UUCACAUUCAAUAUUACGAGACGAUAUCUGAAAGAUUGAAAUACUUUUCUCAAUCACCACUGUGUGGCUGUCCUCAAAAUGCCAUUUGCAAUUAUAGAAGCCCGCGAAGAAGAUGGAAGCAAGGAACUAUGUGUGGUUCCCGAGGGAUGGAUUUUGGAUACCCGUCAUAGGGAAACGAUCCUCCUGUGGCCCAAGUGUGUCGGGCCAAAAAUGUACAAACUGCUAAACGACAGCGACAGUGUCGGCAACACAACAUGGCUGAAAAUAGAUUGUGUUGUGAAAAAGAUUAACAUUCUUAAACCUUCAGUUGCACACGAACUUAUAUCGAAAGUGAAAGGAGAAUCCACCGUGUCACCGAACAUCGCAAGUCCACGAUUUCAAUUUUCUAAAUCACCCAGUCCUCUAGGGGGUGAUUUUACUGAUUCAUUUGUUGAAAAUGACACCAGCAGCAAAAGGAAUAUAAAAGCAUCGCCAGUUCCUGCAACAUCACUAACAAAGAGAGAAUUUAGUACAACUUCACAAACAGGACAAAUAUCCGAGUUAGCCUUGUUGAACUUUGUCAAAAAGCUUGAAGCAAAAAUGGCGGGGUUGGAAGAUUUUGUUCGCAAAUUGGUUGAUAAGCUUCUACGCAUCGAAACUAUUGCGCAAGUAUUACUGCACCGAUAUGGUAUCAAAUGCGUUGCAUCAACCCCAAUGCUUACCGAUGUAAAUUUCGAACAAAUUGCAAGCUUGGAGAGCAUGGAAGCUCUCAACGAAAACCUACUCAACGCUGGGUUCCAGGAGCAGAUUUACCACUGGCUGGCAAGCAACGUUACGGAGUCGCAGAGCGAAAAUCGCAUGACGGAGGCAAUGGAUUUGCUGUUUGACAAAAAGUUUAUGACAAAGUGCAGCUGGACGGGUGUCGGCAGAGGUGCCGAAAAGAUCCCGAUGAUGAGAAUGGUCAACAUCACCAAGCUGUUUCGACGCAUCGGCACUAACAAUGGGGUGAUCGUAAACCAACGGAUGGUGAUGCUGUUUUUCAUGAAAAAGCUGAGGAACGCCGUUAGGAGAAGUGAAAUGAAACAUUUACGCAGAAGUACGACGCACCAUUUCAAGUCCACUAAAGUGAAGAAUGAGAACUAAAGCUAAGAUGUGUUUUGAGCUGUUUGUUUUGGCUUUGACGAUAUUCGGUAUUAUUUUAAUAUCUUUAAAUACUGCACGUAAGCCAUGAGAGAGCAAGUCAGCAAAGAUUACUAAACGGUGUGCGACAGCAACGACUAUUAUCUUCCGUUAGUCCAAUGUAAUGGAACCCGAGCGCGUUUGUAACGAUAAUUAUGAUUACAAAAGACAAAAACAAAUGUUUUAUCCGCUUUACGACAUAACGAGAGAGAAAGAAAAGAGAUCCGCUUUAGCCAUAAACAGUUGCACCUAUUAAGGUGGCACUCUGCGAACAAGCCAUGCAAGCUUGUAAACGAUCAACCAUCAGCCACGCAAACGUACACGGGAGAUGAUGGUCGGUUAGUCCAUUUAAUAGAUGAUUUGAUUUAUAAACGCCCAGCCAUUUAUUAUCGCGCUUGCCGACUGCGACGCUGCGCGGAGCGCACACUGCUAGAAAGGCGGCUGAUCAAUCUUUGCGACCAGCGGCAAGAACCAACGUCCACGAAGACACUUGACGCGGGCCAACCGUCCGCAUCGGCGCGUAAUCAUGCUGUGGCAGGGAAGGGAAGCAAAUAAAAUCAUAACUCUUUACGCGCGGCCAAGCGUAGAGACAAGGAAAAGGUAUAAAUUUUCUUUAUUAAUGCGCUUAAUGAGCGACGUGAGGAUUAUGCCGCCGAUUCAUGGCGUGGCGUGUGAGAAUGAACGUUCGCCGGAGAGCGGGGAAAAAAGGCUUACACUUCGUGUCGCACCCAAACCGCAAGAGGUGCAAAAGACCAGAAGGUAACGAAUGGGCGCCUGCAGCGCCAGCUUAGAGAAAGUGUAGGGAUUAGUAAAUGUGAUCAAACUUUAAUGUAUGGUGCAGUGCGAAGACAUUCCCUGCACGUAAAUGAUCGU